CGCUAGUUGGACUCGUCCUCCCUCCAAACUCCAUCCAACCAACCCAUCGCUUUCCCCCUCCCCCCCGCCCGCAUGCUGGGCGCCGUCCUCCGCGGCCCGGUCUCUCCGAUCCCGCCUCUCUUCCCCGCGCCGGGGCGCCCUCUCAUCCACCUAUCCCGCCGCCUCCCUACGGCGCCCGCCAUGGCCGACGCCAAGAAGACCGACGCGCCGGCGACCCCGGCCCCGGAGCCGCCCGAGAAGCCGCUCCCCGGCGACUGCUGCGGCAGCGGCUGCGUCCGCUGCGUCUGGGACAUCUACUACGACGAGCUCCAGGACUACAAGGAGGCCCUCGCCGCCCACGCGGCCGCGGCCGAUCCCAGCGGCGACAAGGCAUCCGCCGACGAGAAGAAGACCGAAUCAUGAGACCCCAGAGGAGUCAGGACCCGUAUGUGUAUGCUUUGACUUCUCCUGUCCCCAAAUUGGAUUCCUUGCUCGUGUAAGAUAUGGCAGCAUUACUCAUGGAAUUACAGCCAAACAUCCAUUGCAUUCUCACCGUCUAUGCUGCAAUUUGUACUAAAGUGGAAUGCUCUGUUAGUGCUUACUGCUCACCAUUCUUUGUGUGACCAAAGAUGCCCCUGGUUAUCAAUACAAGUUCCUUUUUUUUUGUGCAA